CUGCGUCAUUUUCUGAAAGGAGGAGGAAAGGAGUUACUGAGCCCAGGAGCUCCUGCCCUUGUAUGUGACCACACAUUUGUCAUGGAGCCAUCGAAGAAGCAGCAGUGCCUGCUAUUAGGAGCAGAACAAUGACUACACAUAGCAUGAACUGAACCCACAGCCUGAAAAUGAAGACCCUUCUAGUUCUGAUUCUUUUCUCAGAGUCUACAUUCUGUGUGAUCAACAAUUCUUCAAACGUUUCAGAGAAUGAGACAGGCAAAGCAAUAAUAAGGACUUUUCGAGCAAGUUUUUUCCAACCUUUCGAACCAUUUCCUGAUAUUACCGAUGAUCAAGAGCAGCCAACAACAUCCAAUGGCCAGAAAGCUGCGUCAGAGAAGCAGACAAUUGUCAACAAUUCAACUUUGAAAUAUUUAAGAAGCUCUACAAGUACAAAGCUGAUACCAUCCAUAUACAUCAUAGUCAUACUUAUUGGUAUUCCUGCUAACACACUCAUCUUAUGGAUGCUGUUUUCAAAGACCAGAACUGUGUGCACCGCAAUAUUUUACACCAACUUGGCCAUAUCCGAUUUACUUUUCUGCCUCAUGCUGCCCUUUAAAGCGGCAUAUCACCUAAAUGGGAACAACUGGAUAUUCGGUGAGGCGAUGUGCCGUGUUGUGACUAUAUGCUUCUAUGGGAACAUGUAUUGCUCAAUUCUUCUUCUCAUGUGCAUUAGUGUGAGCCGCUAUGUUGCCAUUGUCCACCCCUUCAUAUACCGGAGUUUACCUAAGCGGACUUGCGCCAUUUUCCUGUGUUGCUACGUGUGGAUUACUGUCCUUAUGUUCAUGAUGCCAUUUUUCACAAAGCAGCAGACAUAUAACUUGAAGGAACUUCAGCUUAUAUCAUGCAAUGACAUAUAUAAAACUUCUGCUGACAAAUUUCAGUUCUAUUACUUUAUAUCACUUGCUGUGUUUGGGUAUCUCGUUCCUUUCACCAUGAUAAUUUUCUGUUACUUCUCCAUCAUAAGGACUCUGGGGACCCAAGACCCAAAACUAUUCAUGUACCUUAAAAUAACCAUCCUGCUUCUGCUUAUAUUCGCCUUGUGCUUUACACCCAGUAAUAUCAUUCUCAUUCUUCACCAGGUCAAUUAUUACUACAAUUACAAGGAUGAACUUUAUGGAAGCUAUCUCGUAGCAUUGUGUUUCAGCAGUUUGAACAGUUGCCUAGAUCCUUUUCUCUAUUUCCUUAUGUCUGAAAUAACAAAACUAUCCAAAAACCACUCUGAAAUUAAUAAGGUGUCUAAUCACACACAGAUGACACUUUUGGGAUCGUGAAGGAUAAGUCAGCUGGUUUGUGACUCUUGGUGGUACCAUCUACUUAUAAUUUUCAGAUUUAUGAAAAGUAGAAUACGCCAAGCAAAAUUAUUAUUUUUCUACAAUGGAAAUAAUAGAGGGAUUAUAAUGCAAUGCACUUUAUACUAACUAUACCAUCUACUAAUGGUCAGUUGUAACCACUUAAGGACCUUUCCUGUUUUUCAGACUCAGGGGUAGAUCCACGUACAGCGGCGCAUUAUUGCGCCGGGC